AUUUCGUAUAUUUUGAAGAGGGUGUUGUGUUGAUUUCAAGUCGGAAUUUGAGUCGAUUUGAAUUUCAAAACCGGAAACGAGGGUCUCUCACUGAUUUUACUGAAAGAGAGACGAAGAUCGAACUCAAAUGUGACCGUGAUUGAAGGAAAAGGGCUUUGGAUCCAAUCGGCGAAGUAACAGCGCCAUCAAAUGGCGCUGUUUAGACGCUUCUUUUAUCGGAAGCCGCCGGAUCGGCUUCUCGAGAUCUCCGAACGUGUUUAUGUGUUUGAUUGUUGCUUCUCUGCGGAUGUAUUGGAAGAAAAUGAGUACAGAGUGUAUAUGAGUGGCAUUGUGGCGCAGCUACAAGACUACUUUCCUGAUGCUUCAUUCAUGGUUUUUAAUUUCAGAGAAGGGGAAAGGAGGAGCCUAAUUUCAGAUAUUUUAUCUCAGUAUGACAUGACUGUUAUGGAUUAUCCACGACAGCAUGAGGGAUGUCCACUGCUGCCCCUUGAAAUGAUUCAUCAUUUCCUUAGAUCUAGUGAAAGCUGGUUGUCAUUGGAAGGGCAGCAGAAUGUUCUUUUAAUGCACUGUGAAAGAGGAGGAUGGCCAGUACUCGCUUUCAUGCUUUCUGGUCUUCUGUUAUAUCGAAAGCAGUACACUGGUGAGCAGAAGACUCUUGAAAUGGUCUACAAGCAGGCUCCUAGAGACCUUCUCCAGCUUCUGUCUCCUUUGAACCCCCAAUCUUCCCAUUUAAGAUAUCUUCAGUAUAUUUCUAGAAGAAAUUUGGGUUCUGAUUGGCCUCCAUCAGAUACACCUCUGUUUUUGGAUUGUCUAAUUCUUAGAGUUCUUCCAACCUUUGAAGGGGGAGGAGGUUGCAGGCCUGUUGUGCGUGUUUAUGGACAGGACCCAAAAACACCUGCCGCUAGAAGUUCUAAACUUCUAUUUUCAACUUCAAAGAAAAGAAAUCAAGUCCGUCACUUCCUAAAGGAAGAAUGUGCAUUGGUAAAAAUAGAUAUUCAUUGCCGUAUUCAAGGGGAUGUUGUGAUUGAGUGCAUCCAUUUAAACGAAGAUUUGGUGCAUGAAGAGAUGAUAUUCAGAGUUAUGUUUCACACAGCAUUUGUUCGAGCAAAUAUUUUGAUGCUCAAUUGUGAUGAAAUUGAUGUGUUGUGGGAUGCCAAGGAUCAAUUUCCAAAGGACUUUAGAGCAGAGGUACUUUUUACGGACUCAGAUGCUGUUGUCCCUCAUCUCACUGAAGUUAUGGCAAGUGAAGAUGGGAAUGAGAUAGAAAGUGUUGCACCAGAGGAAUUUUUUGAGGCUGAAGAGAUCUUCAGCAAUGCAGUCAAUGCACUGGAAGGAAAGGUAGAUGACGACAGUCUGAUAGUUCAUUACAAGGUAGAGAAAAAAGAUGUAUGGAGGGAGAAUGUGGGUCCUUCUAAAUUUCAAGAUUGUGUUCCAGAUUAUGGGAAUUUCAGGCAGGACGUCAAGGUUGAUUCUCGUUUGGAUGCAGUUAAGGACAUUGCUGUCGAUGAUGUGAAUUAUAAAUUAGAUAAGAGGAUGGAUUCUGACAUUAAUGCAGUGAAAGACAUCACUGUUGAUGAUGGAUUCGUCAAAGUUGAACCAGUCGCAUUAACUGUUGAUGUGCCGAGAGAAAGAGGAACCAUGGAAGUAACAGAAGAUGUGUAUGGAAAAUUGGAAGAACUGGAGGAUAAGGGCAAUAGAAAAGACUGUGUUCCACCGAAGAAUGCAGAAUCUAAGAUCUUGCACCAAAGGUUGAAAACUGAUGUUUCCAAGCCUAAACCUGAGAAAAUACUGUCUGCUUCAAAGAAACAGGCUGGGAUCGGUCCAAAACCAGCUUUAGAUUCUCUUGUGGUGAAACCAAAGAGCAAACAACUAGAAGCUCAUGGUCCUCCUGCAAGACAAGCAAAGCCAUCUUUAUCUAGGUGGAUCCCUUCUAACAAAGGCUCUUAUACCAAUUCGAUGCACGUAUCAUAUCCACCCAAUUCAAUGGAUGUAUCACAUGUACCAUCACGAUAUAAUAGUGCACCGCCUGGACAAUCUGAUAGUGCGCCUUUGAAGGAUUCUCAUUCAAGUGCCAAUCAAAAGGGCUCUAGUGGAGCUUUGAAUUCAAAGGAUAUUUCAUCCAAGCAAAAAAGUGUGAAGGCCUCACCAUCCUCAUUACCACCACCACCUCCACCCCCACCACCACCCAAAUUUUCUUUUGUGUAUUCACAAUCUCUUCAGGAAAAUGCAACUUCUAUAAUACCUCUCUCACCUCCUCCACCACCUUUGGAAUCUAGGAAUCCUUUAGCUGACCCUAUUGUACUAAAUUCUCCACCUCCACCACUACCUCCUGGUCGUGGAGCUUCUCCUCCUCCUCCACCUCCUGGAGGCCGAGCUCUGGGUCCUCCACCUCCACCUAGAGGUCCUGGUGGUGCACCUCCACCUCCGCCAUUGGGUUCCAAAGUAGCUGAUGGGAGAGGAGGGCGUGGGCUUCCACGUCUGGCAGCUGCUACAGCACCUAGAAGGUCUUCUUUAAAGCCUUUGCACUGGAGCAAGGUCACAAGGGCAAUACAAGGAAGCUUAUGGGAAGAAUUACAAAGACAUGGACAACCUCAAAUCGCGCCAGAAUUUGAUGUUUCAGAGCUUGAGACUCUUUUCUCUGCAGUUGUUCCUAAACCUGCUGAUUCAGUUAAUAGAUCUGGAGGGAGACGCAAAUCACUUGGAUCAAAACCUGACAAAGUCCACCUGAUUGACUUGAGGAGGGCCAACAACACCGAAAUCAUGCUCACUAAAGUGAAGAUGCCACUUUCUGAUAUGAUGGCUGCAGUGCUAGCAAUGGAUGAUGCUGUAUUGGAUGUUGAUCAAGUGGAAAAUCUCAUAAAAUUUUGUCCAACCAAAGAGGAAAUGGAACUUCUCAAGGGUUACACUGGUGACAAGGAGAGUUUGGGGAAGUGUGAACAGUAUUUUCUGGAGCUGAUGAAAGUGCCAAGGGUGGAGUCCAAAUUAAGAGUUUUUUCUUUCAAAAUUCAGUUCGGCUCUCAGAUUUCUGAAUUCAAGAAGUGCUUAAACACUGUAAAUUCUGCUUGUGAAGAGGUUCGAAAUUCCCUUAAACUGAAGGAGAUAAUGAAGAAAAUUCUCUAUCUGGGGAAUACAUUGAACCAAGGAACUGCAAGGGGUUCUGCUGUCGGAUUUAAGUUGGACAGUCUUCUAAAGCUCACAGAUACACGUGCUUCUAACAGCAAGAUGACGCUAAUGCAUUAUCUUUGCAAGGUCUUAGCUGCCAAGAAACCAGCACUUCUAGAUUUCCACCUCGAAUUUGUUAGCCUUGAGGCUGCAACUAAGAUACAAUUAAAAUCUUUGGCAGAGGAAAUGCAAUCUAUAAUUAAAGGAUUAGAAAAGGUUAAGCUGGAGUUAGCUGCCUCCGAAAAUGAUGGUCCAGUUUCUGAAGUUUUCCGUGAGACAUCAAAGGGAUUCAUUUCUGUUGCUGAAGGAGAGGUGAUGUUGGUAACUAAUCUAUAUUCCGUGGUGGGAAGAAAUGCAGAUGCACUUGCACUCUAUUUUGGUGAGGAACCUGCUCGAUGCCCCUUUGAGCAAGUCACUGCAACACUCUUAAAUUUUGUGAGGUUGUUUCGAAAAGCACACGAAGAGAAUAUGAAGCAGGCUGACUUGGAGAAGAAGAAAGCUGAGAAGGAGGCGGAAAUGCAGAAGGCUAAGGGAGCUAAUCUUAUGAAAAAGGGUGCAAAAUAGUUUAGUUUCUCUUUUCCUACAAGGCUUUCAAGAUGCUGUAAAUGAGGCAGGGCCUGUACCUGAAGGUUUACAGGCCAUGAACUAAGCGCAAAAAUGUCUGUAGACAUUUUCGACAUUCUAUCUCGGAUCAAAAGCUUCUAAACUAAGGUUAUAAUGACAGCCAAGUUGUCGAGGUAAAUGCGAUGGCCCUUCUAGCUUUAUUUUCAGAUUGAAUUUUUUAGUCGAGGACCAGCAUAUUGCUAUGAUAAGUGAUCUCGUUUCAGCUUCCGCCAUCAUUUAGCUCAACUUUUCAGCACCUGAGCGGAUUCCGGUGGGAUUGU